GGUAGAUCAGCUCGAGGCGACUACGAUACCUAUACAAGAUAUAAUGGCAAUGAUGGGAAAUGGACAUAGUGAAAAUGACCAGCAGAACGGAUUGGAUGAUGACGUCAUUCCAGAAGAAUGGCUUGAGGAAAUACGAAGAAGAAAAAAACUUGUGUCCGAGGCAUGCGAGAAGUACAAAUCUGUAAAAAUACCUCUGACAAAAGAGUGGAUUAAAGAAAACGGCGACCAUCUCAUCGUAGAAGACCAGUAUAAAAUCAUAUAUUGCCGCGUACCUAAAUCUGGGAACACAAGUUGGAAGCGCCUUUUGCUAGCACUGUCUGGCAUUAUAAACGAUACUUCUAUGGCUCAUGGCAAAAACGGAUUUAACCCACGUGAUUUG